GAAAUUUUCAUUUUGUCACAUAGCUCAAGGUUGUGGUUAUAAACAUGCAAUGAUAGCCAUAAAUCAAUUUGAAAUAAAUGAAGCAAUGGAAAAAAUUCGUGCAAUUAAUAGUGAUGGUCCAAUUUUACUUGAACUUCGAAUUCAAACUGGUCAUAGAAAAAAUUUAGGUCGACCAACACGAUCAACUGAUGAAAAUAGAAAAGAUUUUAUGCAUUUUUUACAAUUGAAUUAA